AUGUUAUAUAGAAUAUUAAUCUUGCUUUAUUUAGAAAUACUGAAAUCGAAUGCAUUUUUUCACGAGCCAUCUAUGAAAAUCAUCGAUGCCCCAAACUCUGUCACAGGCACUGGUCUGUUUGGUUAUGGUGUGACAUAUCUAUCGUCGAAGAAAAGCUUAAUCGUAAGUGCACCGCGAUCUGAUGUGUUCGGUCAAGUGUUUCUCAUAGAUUUACAAGAUUAUACCAUAAGAAAUGUUCACAGUCAACAUUUAAUGCAAGCUCAAGCUAGAACAAAAAAUGCGAGUGAUAUCGUCACUGAAUGGUGGUUUGGGGCUUCCGUCAGAGCGGGGCAUGACUUCUUUGUGGCAUGCGCACCACGGUUUAACGAACUGAAACCAUUCAAAAAAGGGAGUCGUAUUGAAAAAUUAGCCAACGUGGGUGUCUGUUUUGUACACCUGGGAGAUUUAAAAUAUAUGGAGCUUCUACAACCCAUCACCAAGCAUGAUCGAUGGUUGAACGCUACCAGUUUUGAAAAGAAAAUGGACACAUUUGGUUGGAGCAUAUUGAUCACAAAACCAGAUGAGGCGGUUGCCAUUGGAGGACCAGCUCAGCAUACUGGACGCGUUAUCGUAUAUGAAGACAUGAAAAAAAGAAAAGAACCAAUAUUAAUUAAUAGAAAGAUUCUUUCCAAUGACCCCGUGCGCUUAAACUUUGGUUACAGUAUCGCUUAUGGCAACUUCUUCUCAGCAAAGCCACUAUAUGCAAUCAGUACGACGUUCGGUGACUUAGGAUUUCCUAAGGUAUAUUUCUUCACCAAGGACUAUGCUUAUGUGGACACAAUUAUACAUGAGCAAUUAGGAACCAUGUUUGGAGCCUGCCUCUGCGCAGUUCGGUUGCAGGGUAAUUUUGAUUCUUUGUUAAUUGGAGCGCCGACGUAUGCGCAAGAGACCUCUUCUAGUGAUACGGGCGCUGUAUAUAUCUAUGUACCUAAUUCGGAUACAUCACCGACUAUGUUAACUCUUAAAAAAGUGAUAACAGGUAAAAAACCCGGUGGGUAUUUUGGGGUGACGAUGACAAACCUCGGUGAUAUGGAUGGAGACAAGAUAGAUGAAGUGGCAAUCGCUGCGCCAUAUGAGGAUGAAGGUGUUGGUGCUGUCUACAUCUUCACUGGUGGAGACUUCUACAGCAUACCAUUAAGAAUAAAAGCAGAAGGAUUUCAUGCCUUUGGACUAAGUCUGGCAACAUUAUGGGACUAUGAUGAUAAUGGAUCAAACGAGUUAUCAAUCGGUGCGCCAGAGAGUAACAAGGUCGUCAUAUUUCGAUCAUUGGCAUCUAUUACAGUCUACCUAAAAACAGAAUUUCCUAGGUUACAGUUUGCAGGUGAUAAAACAGAAGAAGAUAUAUCGUUUAACGUGGUUUUAGAUGUUCUUUAUCCAGAAAAGCCAAACGAUAUAAAAGCUGAGAUCGUUAUUACCUUAGAAAUAACUGACGGCAGAACAAGGGUCAGUAACGUAGAUGAGACCUUGGAUGUAAAAAACGGAGAACAUUCCUUUGUUUUUUCUUUAAACGAUAAACAACCACGCUACACGCAAAGCAUCGGCGUACGAGUUGUUAUUCCUGUGAGUAUUUUCAUCAACUCAUUCCCACAGUUGGGAGGAAAAAGCGAUGUAUUCGAAGUCCUGUCCUAUAAGGUUACAGCAAAAUUAAGAGAAGAUCCGAAGAAGUUACCUUUUGACCCGCAUCGAGUACUUUUAAGUAAGAGAAGUGUAUUGUUAGUACAAGAGAGCAAAGUGAGUUCGAGUUGCGGUGCAGGGAAAGCCAGGUGUAUGCCAAAGCUGAGACCAGAAGUGAAGACAUCUAUUCGGGAUAACUACAUAAUAGGAUCGACAGAGCGGGAACAGUUCAAUGUAUCAAUAAGCAAUUCCGGCGACAUAGCAUACAAUCCGUGCGCGAGAAUAAAAAUUGAUGGAGUCCGAAUUUUGCAGCCACCCAAAAAUUGUAUUCAAAACUCGAUUUACGAGUUCAUAUGUAGCCCCGCUGUGCCUGUACUCACUGGAAAAAAAUGGGACAUAAAUAACAUAGAAUUGGAAAUGAACACUCUCAAGAGUAAAGACGAGGAAAUACUAAUUUCCUUUGACCUACAAAAUCAUUGCAACGAUGAGACGGAAAAAUGGGAAAGCUAUACAAGUUCCACGAAAUUAUAUCCGGAGUACAAUUUCGAUAUAAUAGGACGAUCAAACCCCAGCGACAUAAUAGACACCACAGUGCCAGAAAUACUGGAAUUUCAAAAGACAAUUACUCACGUAUACACUAUAACAAACGAUGGUAUUACAAACUGGGAGAGACUAGAAUGCCACAUACAAUUCAACGAUACAAGUCACAUUAGUACAAUGAACAGUUCAGCAUUGGUGUACCCCGAAACAGGUGCAAUACAAUGCUUAACAGAUGUCGCUAGCGGUGUCUUCACCUGUGAUUUUCCAUUGAAUAGAAAACAAAAAGCACAAGUGCAUGUCACUAUAGAAUUGAUACCACAGAGUUUUGAAGUGAAGAGCGAAGAUUAUGAAGUUCUUAUAACGUCAGAACUUAAAUUAAUUAACGACGCUACUGUAUUCUUAAGUAUAAGCACGGAACUACACAUACAAACUACAUCUGUAGCAACUUGGAUCAUCGUUGCAUCAUCCUUACUUGGUCUUCUUCUUCUACUUUUAGUAGCAUUUGGUCUGUAUAAGUGCGGAUUUUUCCGACGAGCAAAUCGAGAGAAGUUGGAAGGCCUACGGCAGAGCGUCUACAGACAGAGUGUUUACCGCAUGUCAAUGCGUCAGAGCGCAAACGCCCCGAAAAACGCAGAAGACCACCAAACACUUGUGAAGGAAGACAAACAAACAUAA